CGCGUGGGCCCCGAUUCUUGAUCCUUGUACUCUCGAUGCAAGUCACCAGUGUCGUCUGAGCGUCAGGCAGGGCAAACUGGGGCACUGGGGUAGAACAUAUAGCAGGGUAGACUUGUUCAUGGAAUACAGGAAAACACCGAUCGUCCGAGCAGCGUAAAGUACUAAAGAACAGCGUCUGGUCCACCCUCGUAAAGAAACGUUUGGGCGAAAGGAACUGAGUUCUACAAGCUAGAAAGGUUCUUCGUGAAACUUUGGCAUCACAGUUUUGAUUUGGGAGAAGUUCCAAGAACGUUGUUUUGUUCUGACAUACUCGGACAAAUGAAACAGAGCAUCGACUGAUAGAGUAACGAAUGCUCCCAACUGCCCAGGGAAACAACACAUGUUGUCCUUGCCCUUGUCUGAUCAGGCAGCCCUAAGCUUGGAUGGUCGGACCCGCAGAGUACCCUCAUCGACUGACCACAUAAACCGCUACGGCAAGCGUGGCAGGAGUAGCAAGAAAGCUUCGGUCGGCAUGGCGACGUUGGAAGAGGCCUGGGGCAGCCCGGCGUUUCAGGACUUGAAGCCGAUUCUGAUCCUGUGCGUGAGCUCAACGACCCUAGCAGGUCUGGCCCACGGCAAGGGUCUGCUAAGCGAGCAGCAGUGCGAGACGAUCGGCUCUCUCAGCGGCAGAGUCAAGCGAAAUACGCAGCUGCUGGAAUUCCUGGAGAAAAGCGGCGCUGCAGACUUCCACACGUUCAUGGUCCUGGUCAUGCAGCAUGCACCGGAAGAUGUUACGCGCAGAGUUGACCGGCGAUUGAGAGACGCCCAUCCAGCACCGCCGAAGGUCGUCGGCAACCCGUGGCAGAGCGAUGAGUUCGUCGCCCGCGACUACCGGGAGCGAAUCCUGGAGCUGGCCCCCGUGCCGCUGACCCGGGCGGCCGUGAAGCGUGGCCUACUGACGGCGGACAUGGUUGCCAUAGCGCAGCGCAGCGAGAUGCAGAGCGAGCUCCUGCGGACGCGGAGGCCGGCGAAGUUUCACAACGGGCGCGUGCUGGACACGCUGAAGAAGUCCGCCGACACGUUCCGGCCGUUUCUCGACGUUCUCGACGAGCUAGGACAAUUAAGACUGAGAGUGGAACUCGCUUUGCUAUUGAUAGAAGAGAUACCUUCGGUAGGCGCAGACUGCAUUAUAUCCCCUGAACUUGGUGGUCAGGUAGUUGAUGCCGGCAAAGCACAUCUGGAGUUUCCAGACCGAGCAGUAUCGUGCGUUGUCAAAGUCCAAGUAGAACAAGGAUUCAUCGAGAAGAACGUUUUGAUGACGAGUGAGGGUGGUCCAGUGAGGAUAUUAACGGUUGUGUGCUGUCGACCGCACGGACUGAAACUUGAGAAAGAGGCCGAGUUGAUAAUCUACCUGUAUUCAUCGCCGACAAAUCAUACGCUACAUGUCCUGGAGAUGGAUCACAGCAUGGAAAGUUCUGAUGCUGAGCAGAAAGGACUAGUUCAAGCGCGGCUGACUGACAUAACAAGCAUGUGCACAUACAGGGAACACAUCACCUGCAGAAUCUCACGCUUGGCUGAUUUUGUUGUCGUGGCAAUGCCUAAUGAUGUGGAACUGCCAUGCGCCGCCGCCCUGCGACCUCUCCUGGCCGGUAGGAUGCUGCACCGGCCAAUGCUGUAUGUGUUCUUCCGUUGGACCAGCGAGGGUGGUGAGCCGACGACGGGAGAGCUGUACCUGGUGUUCGGGCCUCGCGAUCGCCUUCGCUUUCUCGAGUUUGAGGGCAUGCAGUCGCUUGGCGAGGGGGACAGCUUGUUGCUUAACGGCGGAAUGGUAGCCAAGAUGCGCGUUCAGCUGCCGCAGGGAUGCGGUGUGGCUUUGGACGCAUCACAGCGUGAUACGGAACUGGAGUGCCGGCUCGACCCUGACGGGCUUUUAAAGGUUGCCUCGAUGUGUCUCAAUGUUGCCGUGACGCACCCGUCAUCUGACGAUGCAGCCACCGCAGCCUCCACUGCCGAGGUCGAGACGGCAGCCGCAGAUCCAACUCCCGGGAGCAUCGCGGCGAACGUCCAUAUCUUGUCUUAUGAUGGCGACGGCGAGGUAGUCGCAAAUAUUCUCAAGGAAUUCUGCAUCCCGGAGCCUGGUCCAGACCAUCUCGAUUACGAUCCAUGGCAACAGGCAGCGUUCAGCGACACGGAUUGCGGUGGCCACCGCGACUGGAUCCUAGGCCUGGCCUCAGAGUGGCUGCGGAGCGCGGCCGAACGCGUGCACCUGCUACGGCGCGACACGGUGCUUGCCCUGUCCGAGCUCGACCGGGUACGAGGUUCCCGCGAACACAACACCAUGCUUCUGAGCAUCGUCAUGCGCGGCGGUACCGAGUCGUUCAAGAAGUUCCUCGCGGCCAUCGCGCCACAUGCCAGCUGGCAGCGGUCAUUCCGACGUUUUCUCCAGCAUGGAGACAGCGACCAAGAGAUUGAGGAGGAGGAUGAGGAGGCACUAAGAUGGAACGGGGCUGUGUUGCCAUAACAACCCCAAGAGAGAAUUUCUAUUUUAAAAAUUCUAGUCUGGGUGAUACUACUUUCAUUUUUCCAAAAAUAGUUCAUUUUUAUUCACCAUUCUUGACCUCCUGAUAUGUGUGAUUAGGCUAAUUUGAGCCUAUGAAUUCCGAGCGAAUUCCAUUUUUGACUUUAUGUCGUUAUGUACUGCUCUGAAUUUGUCUUCGAGGCAUAAGUGCUCGAGUUGGGUGUGUGUUACUCUCUCAUCACCGACCCAUCCGCAAACCAUCCGCCCUGCUUCUGUCCCAUUUUCUUUGCCGUUGCUUGCCACACGUACGUGUGUGUAUGUGUGUGUGUGUGUGUGUGUGUGUGUGUGUGUGUGUGUGUGUGUGUGUGUGUGUGUGUGUGUGUGUGUGUGUAUGUGUGUGGGUGUCCCAUAUUGUGCGGUGGUAUGUGCAGUCGAUUUCCAAUCCAGAGGUUGCAGGUUCGUUUCCCGACGAUUCGUGGCCACACACGUCUUUCUUCUCUUUCUCGGACUCCUCCUGACUUUCCCUUCAUUCUCCUGAGAGUUUACCAACAACCAGA